AUGACUUUGAACUCUACUUCCAGCUUGACUUUCAGCUCUCCUCCUAUUCUUUCAGCUCGACUUGCAGCUACACCGCUACUUUCAGCUGCACAGCUAGUAGGUACAGGUCACAAGACGCAAAUUUUGAGGUGCAGGUCGUCUCACAGAAUAUUAUUUAUGAAAGAAGCCCUAGUGUUUCAAGCGAUAGCACUAGUUAUUGCUAUAGUGGUGGGAGUAUCAGUAGAAGCACCUAUUUUGCCCGCCUUGCCAUAUAUAUAUGUUUCCCCUCCCGUGACAAUGAGAUACCUCAUAACAGGGGCAACAGGUGGUCUCGGUGGUCAUAUUCUGGAAUACUUCAUUGCCCAAAUUCCCUUUUCUGAUUUCGCCGCCUCAUCUUCAAGCCCUGAAAAUAGAUCAAGAUUCGAGAGCCGAGGAGUCAAUUUUCGUCACUUGGAUUAUGAGAAUCCUACCACGCUCAACAGAGCCCUACACGACGUGGAGAAUUUGCUUUUCAUUAGCACGAAUGCAAACGUAAUCGACGUCGAAAAGGUCAAGAGACAGCACCGGAAUGUUGUGGAAGCCGCCAGAAAAGCCAAUGUGAAGCAUGUUUGGUACACCUCCCUCCCAUUCGGAGGGCUCACAAACGACUCCGAAGUCUCAGUCCAACGGGCCCACUUAGCCACUGAGAAGAUGCUCAAGGAAUCCGGACUUACGUUUACCUGCAUCCGUGAGGGCAUCUACGUUGAAGGCUUCCCACUCUUUCUCAACUGGUACCCAGAGACCACCCUUCUUACUCUACCGAGAGAUGGGGAGAUAGCCUUCACGAGCCGGGUGGAGCUUGCUGUAUGUACAGCCCGCCUCAUGAUCCAGGGUGGAUUCGAGAACAGGAUCGUUCUCCUUACAGCUGGGGAAACGAUCACGGCUAAGGAGCUAGUAAGCGUGAUUAAUGAAACGACGGGCCGUCGGGUCGAGCUCCGUUAUGUCUCACCGGAUGAAUUUGUGGACGCAGGUCCGCGCAAUGAUAGAGGGGGAAAGUCGAGGGCGUUUUUCGAGACACUGGUUUCGCUCUGGGAGUCUGCUGCUAGCGGAGAGCUUCGGACAAUGGAUGGUUUGAUGGCGGAGAUUUUGGGUAGAGUCCCGAUACCACCUCGAGAUGCCGUGAGACAGCUGCUGGUGGAGAAUAGGGACCAUACUUGGCAUCAAAUCACAAUUUCGGUAUUCUUGUUUGGAUGA